CAUUUCAUGACGUCAGGGUAACUAACUUGUGUAAUCUGUCAGUCUGUGCUGUCCCUGAAACGUUUUGAAGCGUGCCACCAAGAGAGAUGUCACGACGUGGUGAUUUCGACUCUUUGAAUUACGGAUCGACUGCGCGAGGCGCCCCUCAGAGGGACAAAGUUCAUCUCGACGGAUUUACAUCGUCCGAUGGCGAAGGAUAUCAAUUGUCUGGCGAGGCUAACGAUUUUGACUCUCAGUGUCAGGAGUUGAGUAAUGCCAUUCAAUCAAUUUCCAGAAACACUUCACAGAUGGAGCGAUUAGUGAGACAACUUGGAACGCCAAGUGAUGCACCGGGACUAAGGAGGAGACUGGUUGAUUUAAGAUCGAGUGUCAAAGAGGAGGUAUCAGACACUGCUCAAACGUUGAAGAGAUUAGAAGAAACAGCACGUGGACCCGGCCGUAGACACGAACGACUGCGUAUUGAGAGGUUGAAAAGCGAAUAUUAUGAUACGACAAAACGGUAUCGAAACCUUCUCAAGGAAAUGAUGGCGGCCGAGCGAAGUCCUGCUGCAGUACUCGCAGUAGAAGCACAUGCACCGAGAAUGAGCAAGAAAAUAACAACUACGUAUGACGCAUAUGAUGAUAAUCAGGGUCUACUGGAAGCAAAUAGACAACGUGAAGUUGAAGUCGAGCAGUUGCUACGACAGGACGAUGACAUUGAGUUCCAGCAAGCAUUAAUAGAAGAACGAGAGGAAAAUAUCAAGAAAAUUGAGACAGAGAUCUUGGAAAUUAAUGAAAUAUUUAGAGAUAUUGGGACAUUGGUUCACGAACAAGGAGAACAGAUUGAUUUGAUUGAAGCCAAUAUUACAACGACUAAAACUAGAGUCGAAGAAGGAAACCAACAACUGAAAUCGGCUGCUAAACAUCAGAAAAGUGCACGAACAAAGAUGUGCAUCCUUCUUAUCAUCAUCAUCAUCAUAGCUGCAAUCGUAGCAACAAUUGUUGCAGUCGAGGUGAAAUAGUAGCACCACACACGAAAUAAAAAGAUUUCAAUUAACCUCCACUGUACAGUUUCGAUCACUAUAUCAAUUUUGUAUUGACUAUACAUUGGAUUUGUAUAGCAGUCUGUCAUGUUAUGUGUACGUUGAACACUUUGCAUGUUAUCAGCUGGUAUGCUAGAUUGCUUGGUGUUUGCACUUGUCUAAAUGUAUUACUGAUUAAAUGAA